UGGUCGGGAAGUUAUAUUGCUACUGUUUUGAAAUCGGUAGUGUUCCUAUUUAUUUCUCUUCCCCUCUGUCAGGGAGAUUCAAGGUACAGAUGGCUUCUGCUUCUGAAGAUACAAGCAGCUUACAGAAUCUUCUCUCAGCACUUCAGAGUUCGCAUGAUGCACACAAUAUCCUGAUCAACCUGAGCAUUCUGAAUGAAUUACUGUCAGUUGGUACAGCCACACGGAUCUAUUACAUGAUUUCCAAAGGAGGCAGUGAGGCCUUACUCCAUGUACUCGUAAAUAGCAGCAAAACAUCAGCUCCAAAUGAUCAUGUCAUCUUACCUUUAAUGCAUUUACUUGUCAAAGUUGGCCAAAGGGACAAAAAGUUUGGACAGAAAGCCCAAAAAAUUGGAGCUCUAAAUGUGAUCUUAAGCUUGCUGAGACAGAGUCCCACCAGCACCAAGCAUGUCACUCUCUGUUUAUGGAUUCUUAAGAUCUUUGCUUCUCAUGUCACAACUGGUGCUGUGCUGGGUAAGAACGGAACAAUAAAAAUAUUGUAUGAACUAUUGAUGCCAUACACAGUGAAGCACACAAAGAUUAUAAAAGCAGCAACAGCAGCCUUGUCAUCGCUAUUAAAAUCAAAAUCUAACAGUAAAAGUGCCGUCAACAGUGGAUACAUUUCAGGUCUGUUAAAGCUGUAUAAAGACUGGCAUCAAGGAGAUGUAUUCAAUAAAUAUCUUCCUAUUCGCAAAGGUCUCCUCAACUGUAUUAAAAAUAUUACAAACACCAAGGCAGGCAGGAAGGCCUUUCUGGAUGAAGAUGGAAUGAGAAUCCUACUCACCACAUCACAGGUUUGCCUCUCCAGCACAAGUGUUGAUUCUGUCAUAAAUUUGGCUACGAAAAUUAUGCGGAGGUGUCAUCCAAAACAUCAUCUUCCUGGUCUUCCAGUCAAAAGCUCCUUAUUCAUAUUGCCAAACAAUUCCAGCUCAACUAUAACUCGGUAUCGCAGUGAGCCACUUCAAGAUGGUGCUAUAGCUGAUGAGAGUGAUGAGGAACUGGAUGGCACUGAAGACAUUGACAAUGAAGAGCCUGGGUCCAAUGAAGAAGACAAUGACCUGGAAACUGACCUAAAUAGGUUGCAGCCAAUGCCAGGACUUGACAGACCAUUGGAGGAGCUGAAACAAUAUGAAAAACUUUGCCCAGAACUUUUUGAGUACUUUCAGAAUUUAGAAAGUAGCUCCCAGGAUGAUCUACGGAAUAAUUCCAUGUUUUCUUCAACAUCGGAGCAACACAGACGACAGAGACAGAAACACUCAACAACAACAAAAUCAACAAAUAACAUUUGUGAAACGCCUUUCACGUCGGGAGGACACUCACCCGAUAGGAGUUCAGGAAAAGGACACAAGUCUUCUAAAUACCAAAUCACUGAGAGAAAAUUCCAGACCUCACCUUAUGGAAUAGAAGAAGCAUCUGAAGAAUUUUCAAAGCUCGAUUCCAAACCUGAUGAAGAUUUUGAUAUUCUUCCAACAGAAACUAUUGCCAUUUGCUCUUUGGAUCCUUCAACGCACAAAGUUGCGGAGCCUCAUUCGUAUGUGGGGAGGAGCCGCGAGGAUUUAUCCCAAAUGACCAUCAACUUUGAGGGUUUACAGGACAUAAAGACCCAGAGGGGACAAUGUGCUUGUUCCUCGGCUCAGAGAGAGGUUUUCAACAGAAAGAUUGACAUUGGGAAUAAGCUUUUAGAAAUGCGGAAAGAGGAGAUACCAUUUCAUGAUCCGCACAUUUAUACCAUUAUGGCAGAAAAAACAAAGUCAGCCACCGAUUACAAAACCCUGGGCUUUCCCGAUUUCUGGGGACAUUUUCCACCUUCGUGUCAGGAGCCAAUGUUGAGCCGAAAACACCGAAUUCAAAGGUGUAAAAUUUUUGACGAUUUACAGCGUUUAGUGAAUUCUGAAGAUGUACUGAACAGGGUUGUUUUUGAUGCUGAAGUUAUGAGAAAUGUUUUUUCAGAAGAUGGUGUUUCUCUUAAAUUCUACUCAAACUUUGAAUCAGGCAAUCUUCGUAAAGCCAUUCAAAUACGCAAUUACGAAUAUGAUUUAAUCCUGAAUGCUGAUAUCAACACCGACGAUCAAUUCCAGUGGUUCUACUUUGAGGUCAGUGGAAUGAAGUCCGGAGUUUCAUAUCGAUUCAACAUCAUCAACUGUGAGAAGACAAACAGCCAGUUUAACUAUGGUAUGCAGCCAGUUAUGUACUCGGUUCAUGAAGCAAUGAGUGGAAGACCCCACUGGAUUCGUGUGGGGAGUGAUAUCUGCUACUACAAGAAUCAUUAUUGUUGCAAUGAAGGCGCUGGACAGAGAGGGAGAAAAUUCUACACUCUGACCUUCACCAUAAGCUUCCCUCAUUCCAAGGAUGUGUGCUACCUGGCCUAUCACUACCCCUACACCUAUUCAGCUCUGAUGGCCCACCUGCACCUGCUGGAAAUGUCACUGGAUCCCAGUCAGGUCUAUUUCAGACACCAAACGCUGUGUAGCACCUUGAGUGGCAACCUUUGCCCAGUGAUCACCAUCACCGCUGCACCUAAGUCUGGACACUCAAAACAUCACCAUCAAUUCCAGAAUCGCCAAUACGUUGUACUCACUGCUCGUGUACAUCCUGGAGAAAGCAAUGCAUCCUGGGUGAUGAAGGGCACACUGGAGUUCCUGGUUAGUAACACCACCGUAGCUGAGAAACUUCGACAAUUGUUCAUCUUCAAGAUUGUCCCCAUGCUGAACCCCGAUGGUGUCAUCAAUGGCUGCCAGCGAUGUUCACUGAGUGGGGAGGAUCUGAACCGACACUGGUCCCAUCCUAGUCCUGAUCUGCACCCAACAAUUUACCACACAAAAGGUCUCCUCAGCUACAUCAAGAGCAUUGGCAGGACUCCCCUGGUGUUCUGUGACUACCAUGGCCACUCCAGGAAAAAGAAUGUCUUUCUAUAUGGCUGCAGCAUUAAGGAGACACUGUGGCAAUCGAGCUCCUGUGUUGACACGACAACUGUGUCAGAGGAUAGUGGUUACCAGAUUCUCCCCAAAGUGCUGGACACGAUGUCGGCUGCGUUUGCCAUCAGCAGCUGCAGUUUCCUGGUGGAGAAAUCUCGAGAGGCAACGGCACGAGUGGUGGUUUGGAGAGAGAUUGGAGUUCUCAGGAGCUACACAAUGGAAAGCACUUACUGUGGCUGCAAUCAAGGCAACUACAAGGACAUGCAGCUUGGAACAUGGGAACUAGAAGAGAUGGGAAGGAAUUUCUGCAGCGCGUUGCUGGACCUCAGUGGUUCAAGACAGUAUUGCAAAUGCUCGGAGGCAGAUUGGCCUGGGAACAGCAAAGACAACAGCAGGAGUGAUGACGAUGAGCCUCGCUGCCCAGAGGAGAUUGAUUACUACACAGACAGCAGUGAAGAGGACCAGUUCAUUGAUGUGGCCUUUGAACUGAACACGAGCUCAAGCUCAGGAGAUGAGGCAGAGAAAAUCCACCUUCCCAUUGGAACUUCAGUGAUGUCUCACUGUCACUCCACAAGGCACCUGCAAGGGGGCACCAUUCUCAGACUCCUGGAUUUGCCAAAAAAAAGGUUAAACGCUGGCAUUGGCUGGAACGUGCUCUUGUGCUGAACAGUUAGAGGCAGAAACAGGGAACCGGAGUCACCACAUGACCAGCGGAGCGGGAGCAGUGGGUUGAGGUGUUGGUGCAGCAGAGAUUAUUCUGUACGUCUGACAGAAGGCAAAGAAUUCCUGUUUUAGUGUUCUAUUCCAAGCUCAGCUCCUCAUUCCCAGGAAACACAGACACCAUCAAGCCUCAAGGUGAAUUUGAUCAAACCUGGAGCUAUCUGAUCUUACUUGAGCUGCUCUGUACAUACUAAUUAGGAUAAGCUCCAGGAUAUAUUACUCAGAGGAUGUAUCAGGUUAAAAUAACAUAAUGGGCCCUGUCAUUUUGAAGUACACACAUAAAUAUAACCUGCAGUUUCUGAAUGUAGCAAAAAUCUUAACAAUUUUUUCCGACCAGCUCUCCUGUUCAUUCACUGAAGUACUCUGGAACACUACUCUGUGGGAGGGGCACUACAUAAAUGCAUGUUGUUGUUGAAGAUUUAUUCAUUAAGAUGAUCAGCUGUGAGGUUACACAACAAGAGCAUUGAACAUUUAGAAUAUUGACUACUUGGGAAGAUAGCAAGGGUCUCAUGGAGCUGAGCUGAGCUCCAAAGUGACAUUCUUGGCCAAUGGAAUGUUGGGAUUGAGUCAAUCCUUGCUCGUCUGCUUCCUGAGGCGGGAUGGUCCUUGGUAUUCCAGGGCAGGAUUCUAGGAUACUGCUUAUGGCAGCCCAGCCUGUCAUGUCCACAGGAUUCUGAAACCAGUCAGACCUGAAAUGGCUCUUGUUGGCCUUGAAAGACAAAGCCAUCAUGGGUAGGUUGGGUGGUCCGAGCUAGACAAGCAAUGUUAAUGCUCUUUUGGGCAUCUACCCUUCAGAAUUAUCUAUUAUUAUUAUUAUUAAAAGCAUCUCUUUCUGGGGCCUUUAUCCUAACUCACUUGUGCUGUGUGUUACAGUCUGUCUGGCUGUGGAGACAUGGUUAAACUGUACCUUGUGUUGAACUAACAAUCACAUUAAUAUUAACUAACAGUUA